AUGACCCGCCUUCCUGCUCUAGUCUUGGUCGUGCUGAGUCGGGGCGUCCUGCUCUCUGUCGGAGAACAAUCUCAGUCCCGCAAAGAGAUCCGCAUCGAGGGUGACUUGGUGCUUGGCGGCCUCUUCCCGGUGCAUGAGAAAGGUGCUGGGAUGGAGGAGUGUGGGCGCGUGAAUGAAGACAGAGGGAUCCAGAGGCUGGAGGCCAUGCUGUUUGCCAUAGAAAGAAUAAAUAUGGACCGCACCUUGCUGCCCGGGGUCUCCCUUGGGGUCCACAUCCUGGACACCUGCUCCAGAGACACCUAUGCACUAGAGCAGGCUCUGGAGUUUGUAAGAGCAUCUCUUACCAAGGUGGAUGAUACAGAAUUCAUCUGUCCAGACGGAUCCUACGCUCUGCAGGAUGACAGCCCCCUCGCCAUCGCUGGAGUCAUAGGAGGAUCCUACAGCAGUGUCUCCAUACAGGUUGCCAACCUUCUCCGGCUUUUCCAGAUCCCUCAGAUCAGCUAUGCGUCGACCAGUGCCAAGCUCAGUGAUAAGACCCGCUAUGACUACUUCGCCCGCACUGUGCCCCCUGAUUUCUACCAGGCCAAAGCCAUGGCAGAGAUCCUCCGCAUGUUCAACUGGACAUACGUGUCCACUGUGGCAUCAGAGGGUGACUAUGGUGAGACCGGCAUAGAGGCGUUUGAACAGGAAGCCCGCAUGAGGAACAUCUGUAUCGCCACCUCAGAGAAGGUGGGGCGCUCUAACGCCAAGAAGUCCUACGAGUCUGUGAUCCGUCAACUCCUCCAGAAGCCCAAUGCCCGUGUGGCUGUUCUCUUCCUGCGCAGCGAUGAUGCCAGAGAGCUGCUGUCAGCUGCUGCCAGGCUCAACACCUCCUUCAUCUGGGUGGCCAGUGAUGGUUGGGGUGCACAGGAAAGCAUUGUCAAGGGCAAUGAAAUCACUGCUGAGGGAGCCAUCACACUCGAGCUGGCAGCCAAUCCAAUACCAGAAUUCAAUCGCUACUUCCUCAGUCUGAACCCAUUUAAAAACCGUCGGAAUCCCUGGUACAGGGAAUUCUGGGAGCAGCGAUUUCAGUGCUCUUUGGGCAGUGGAGGUGGAGGAGGAGGUGCAGCCUCAGGAGCCACAACAUCUUACUCUCUCCCACCAUGUGACAAAGAUAUGUCAAUGGACAAGAGUACCUUUGAACCAGAGUCCAAGAUCAUGUUUGUGGUGAACGCGGUGUACGCCAUGGCUCACGCCCUCCACAAGAUGCAGCGGAGCCUUUGCUCUAACACCACCAAGCUGUGCGACAGCAUGAAGGCCUUAGAUGGACGCAAACUCUACAGGGAUUACAUCCUUAAUGUCAGCUUCACAGGACCUUUCUCUCCCCCAGGCACUGAGACAGUGGUAAGGUUUGACGCCCAGGGAGACGGCAUGGGCCGAUACAACAUCUUCAGCUACCAGCGCACAGGCGAUCGCUUUAGUUACGUUCCUGUAGGUGAAUGGGCCGAGAGUCUGAUUCUGAGCACUGAUCAGAUUCACUGGCCCAGAGAAGUGGUGCCCACCUCGCAGUGCAGCGACCCCUGUGCACGCAAUGAGAUGAAGAAAAUGCAGGCAGGUGAAUACUGCUGUUGGAUCUGCACAGCUUGUGAACCUCAUGAAUACCUGGCUGAUGAAUUCACCUGUUCACCCUGCGCCCCUGGUCAAUGGCCCACUGACGACUUGACCUCGUGUUAUGACCUCCCUGAGGACUACAUCAUGUGGGAGGAUGCUUGGGCCAUCGGGCCAAUCACCAUUGCCUGUGUAGGGUUCAUGUGCACUGGCCUGGUAAUCUGGGUGUUUAUCCGACACAACAACACACCUCUGGUGAAAGCUUCAGGCAGAGAGCUGUGUUACAUCCUCCUGUUGGGAGUCUUCAUGUCCUACGCCAUGACCUUCCUCUUCCUGGCAAAACCCUCUCCUGCCAUCUGUGCCCUGCGACGCCUCGGCCUUGGCACAUCUUUUGCGGUCUGCUACUCCGCCCUGCUCACCAAAACCAAUAGAAUCGCCAGGAUUUUCAGUGGGGUGAAGGACGGUGGUGGCGCAACACGGCCACGCUUCAUUAGCCCCUCCUCUCAGGUGUUCAUCUGUCUGAGUCUGAUCUCGGUCCAGUUAGUGAUGGUGUCAGUGUGGCUGCUGCUGGAAGUUCCCGGCACGCGGCGCUUCACGUUGCCAGAGCGACGGCAGACUGUCAUCCUCAAGUGUAACGUACGGGACUCAAGCAUGCUGCUGUCACUGGGAUACGAUGUGCUCCUGGUCAUCCUGUGUACUGUGUAUGCCUUCAAGACCAGGAAGUGCCCCGAGAACUUCAAUGAGGCCAAAUUCAUUGGAUUCACCAUGUACACCACCUGUAUCAUUUGGCUGGCCUUCCUUCCCAUCUUCUAUGUUACAUCCAGUGACUACAGGGUUCAGACCACUACGAUGUGUAUCUCAGUCAGUCUGAGUGGCUUUGUGGUCCUGGGCUGUAUGUUUGCUCCCAAGGUCCAUAUCAUCAUGUUCCAGCCCCAGAAAAAUGUGACCAGCCACAGGCUCAACCUCAAUCGCUUCAGUGUCAGUGGCCCCGCCACGACGUAUGCAUCUCACGCUUCUGUCAGCGCCCACUACGUCCCGACUGUGUGCAAUGGAAGAGAAAUUGUCGACUCCACCACUUCCUCCCUGUGA